AUGGACGCGAACGGCGCGGAGAAGGGGCGGGCGGCGGCGGCGCCGGCGGGGCCGGGGGCGUACGGGGGCUACGAGGGCGCCGGGGACCGCAAGUGGUGGCCCUGGCUCGUGCCCACCGUCAUCGUCGCCUGCAUCGCCGUCUUCGUCGUCGAGAUGUGGGUCAACGACUGCCCCAAGCACGGCUCCGCGCUCGGCCCCGGACAGCCCUGCGUCGCGGGAUUCCUCAGGCGAUUCUCCUUCCAGCCGCUCCGCGAGAACCCGCUGCUCGGGCCCUCCUCAGCCACUUUGGCGAAAAUGGGAGCUCUUGACUGGAACAAAGUCGUCCAUCAGAACCAGGGCUGGCGCCUCAUUAGCUGCAUCUGGCUCCACGCCGGCCUAAUCCAUUUGCUUGUCAACAUGCUAAGCUUGCUGUUCAUUGGGAUUCGUCUUGAGCAGCAAUUUGGGUUUGUUCGCAUUGGUGCCAUCUACCUAGUGUCUGGUUUCGGUGGCAGCGUGCUCUCUGCGCUGUUCCUGCGUAGUAACAAUAUCUCUGUUGGUGCAUCUGGAGCUUUAUUUGGGCUGCUUGGGUCUAUGCUUUCUGAGCUACUCAUGAACUGGACAAUUUAUUCCAACAAGGUAGCAGCCAUAGUAACUCUUCUGUUUAUAAUCGUGAUCAACGUGGCAAUCGGGAUACUACCACAUGCCGAUAACUUUGCUCAUAUUGGUGGUUUCAUCGCCGGCUUCCUUCUGGGUUUUGUUCUGUUGGCAAGGCCCCAAUUUGGUUGGAUGGAACGCAGUGAGUUGCCACAUACUAAUCAGCCUCCCAAGUACAAAGCAUACCAAUAUGUUCUGUGGGUUGUGGCGCUCGUCUUGCUGCUUGUGGGGUUCAUACUUUCGCUGGUGAUGCUUUUCAAGGGCAAGAAUGGGAACGAUGGUUGCCACUGGUGCCACUAUCUGAACUGUGUGCCGACGUCCAAGUGGAAGUGCGAUACCUAGGCAGUUUCUUCUUCAGUUUACCGUUCAGUUUUCAGCGAGAUAUGUAGCAUGUGGAGGACCAUUUUCAUGCUUGUAUGUUUGUAGAUAUGAACUGUAGCCGUCGAUUAAGUUUGUUCUUUAGCGAAUUAUGUAAAUUUGUUUGUCACGCACUUGAAUUUUAUAACUGGAGCUGUCUACUGUGAUCUCCCUUGUUUU